AUGGAGGCGGCCUCUGAAAUUUUAUGUCCAGCACAAAAACAAAUUUUUUCCAAAUUAAGUUUACCAGGUGUAACUGUAGCAAGGCGUAUAGAAGAACUAGGAACUGAUAUUGAGAGCACCCUAAAAGAGCGAAUUUCUAAAUUUAUUUUUUAUUCGCUGGCCCUUGACGAAAGUACAGAUUUGUCAGAUACUGCUCAAUUAGCAAUUUUUGUUCGGGGUAUCGAUUCUAAUUUUAAUAUCACAGAAGAAUUAGCCGCGCUUUUUCUAAUGAAAGGCACAACAAAAAGUUGUGAUAUUUUUAAUGCGUUAAUAUCGACACUUAACCGUUUUGACAUCAAAUUAAAUAACCUUUCUGGAGUUAUAACAGAUGGAGCCCCAUCAAUGGUUGGAAAAAAUGAAGGGCUCGUAGCGCUAAUUAAAAAAGAAAUGAGUACAUGUGGUGCUUUACAACUGAUGCAAUAUCACUGCAUUAUCCACCAAGAAAAUUUAUGUGCAAAAUCUGUCGGUUUUCAAACCAUUAUGAAAGAUGUUGUAAAAAUAGUAAAUUUUAUCAGAUCAAGAACAUUCAAUCAUAGAGAAUUUAAAAACUUUCUAAGUGAAAUAGACGCUGAACAAGGUGAUGUAAUCUAUUUUACAGAUGUUCGUUGGCUCAGUAGAGGAAAAGUCUUGAAAAGUGUUUUUGAUUAA